AUGGCGUCCUUUGUAUCGGCCCUCAAUGCCAAGAUUCGCUCGAAUCCAAUGGCAAACUAUAUCUGCUCAACGCAUUUCUGGGGUCCAGUCUCAAACUUUGGCAUCCCAAUUGCGGCAGUAAUGGACACACAAAAAUCUCCAGACCUCAUCUCCGGUAAAAUGACCGGCGCCCUCACAAUCUACUCCGCAACCUUCAUGCGCUACGCCCUCGCCGUCUCGCCCAAAAACUACCUCCUCUUCGCCUGCCACUUCGUCAACGAGGGCGCGCAACUGACCCAGGGAUACCGCUGGAUGCAGUAUAAUCAAUGGGGUGGGAGGGAGCUGGAGAUGAAGAAGAUGGCGGAGAGCGGUGUUGAGGGUGUUAAGGGCAAGGUUGAGCAGGUGGUUGAGCAGGCGAAACAGGGCACGAGGGAUGUGGUUGGGAAAUAA